AUGUCAAAAGCUGCACCCAAGAAAGCAGCAGCCCAUCCCCCACCAGGGUGCUCCCUGGACAUUAAUGAUCCUCAGGUGCAGAAUGCUGCUAUUCGCAUCCAGGCCUCUUAUCGUGGGCACAGGUCUCGCAAGGACUUGAAAGACAAAGGCCCUCCACGGGUACUACAGAAUCUCAAAGAUGUGAUGCUGAUAGAAGGCAGUGCAGCCAAGUUAGAAUGUCGCAUCAGUGCCUUCCCUGACCCCUUUAUCCGCUGGUCCAAAGAUGGUGUGGAACUCAAGGACGGGCCCAAGUACCGCUAUGUCUUUGAGGAUCCUGACAUUGUGGCACUGGUGGUGCGUGAUGCAGCCCUUCCUGACCUGGGCAAGUACACAAUCGCUGUGAAGAAUCCCUUUGGAGAGUGCUUUGACUCAGCUCGGCUCCUCAUAGAAGUACCUGCCAAGAUAGAGAAAGGCCCAGACAAUUUAAAAGCCAAGAAAGGCAGCACAGUCAAUUUGACAGCUCACAUCAUUGGGGAGCCAGCCCCUGAUGUCGGCUGGGCCAAGGAUGGAGAGGAUAUUGAAGAAGAUGAUCGAGUAUACUAUAACAUUGGCAGUGACUCAACAACUCUCACUAUCAAGAAAGUGACGCCUGCUGAUGCUGGGAAGUAUGAGAUCUUUGUGGAAAACUGCCUGGGCAUGGAUCAGUCCUUUGCACGCCUUGAUGUGAAUUGA